AGUAGGACCGCGCAUCAUCUCGAGAGAGGAGUCAGGCUCACUGGGGAGAGGAAAACGAAGUUCCGCUGCCUCAUCUUGGAGAAGACCCAUCCAGGCACCGUUUUACGCACGCAUGUGGUGCACCGGGACGAGUUCGAUCUAAGGAUUUAAUAUCUAUAAACAAUUUUCUUUGCUCAAUGGAAUAAAAAUUAAUUUAAACAUGAUUCUAAAUAUUAAGCAUAUCCUGUGGUUAUAUUACCUGUGUGAUGCUGCAUUUGCAACAACAUCCAACACUUUAUCAAUAAUCCAACCAAUCUCUGGAUCUCUCUCAGGGAAAGUAAAUCUUCCCUGCUUCUUCUCCACAAUCCCAACAUCAGCGCCAGUCAUAGGUACAAAUAGAACAGCCAGUUAUGGUAAAGAUUACUUACGAAUCAAAUGGACCAAAAUAAAAGGACAGGAAAAGUCUACAGUGCUGGUGAUGCAAAAUGGGGUCAUCAAGAUGAACCCCAACUACAGGAACCGUGUGUCAGUGCCCAGUCACCCUGAGGAUGUCGGUGACGCCUCCUUGACUAUGGUCAAGCUGCGAGCUAGUGAUGCUGGGACUUACAGUUGUGAAGCCACAUACGGCAUUGAAGAUACGCAUGAUAUUGUUAACCUUGAUGUCAACGGUGUUGUUUUUCACUAUCGAGCAAGCACCAGCAGGUACACCUUAAGUUAUGAGAAAGCUGUCCAAACUUGCGAAGAUAUUGGAGCAAGCAUAGCUACCUAUUCCCAACUGAAAGCAGCUUAUGAAGAUGGAUUUGACCAGUGUGAUGCUGGCUGGAUUGCUGACCAGACAGUGAGAUACCCAAUUACCAGACCAAGAAACGGCUGCCUUGGAAACCUUAAGAUGAUACCUGGUGUUAGGACAUAUGGAGUUAGAAACCCUUCAGAGACCUAUGAUGUGUACUGCUACGUCGAUAAACUUGACGGUGAAGUCUUUUAUGCUCCUGCGGCGGCUAAGCUAACUUUUUUAGAGGCCACUGAGGAGUGCAAAAAACACAAAGCUGUCUUGGCGUCCACUGGACAACUCCACGCCGCUUGGAGAAUGGGCCUGGACAGAUGUGACUAUGGCUGGCUUUCUGACGGGAGUGUACGACAUCCUGUUGUGCAUCCUAGAAUUCCAUGUGGCGGAGGCCUAAUGGGUGUCAGGACAUUGUAUCGCUACAGAAAUCAGACCUACUUUCCAGAUCCUUUGAUGAAGUAUGGAGCUUACUGCUUUAGAGGAGGGAGAGACACAAUCAACCAGACUUUCCUUGUGGAUGUGUCUGUACAAGAAGUUAUUACCACCACCACCAGGUCCACCACUGUUUCCACCACAUCAUUUGACACAACAGCAGAGGCAGAGAAGUCUUCAAACUAUGAUGUUCCCACAUAUGCUACAUCAAUGUUCUCUGUCAGUAUGUCUCCUCCUCAGCCCACUCCCCCAGACCAAGAUGCUCAAUUAAUCACAACAGUUGGACCAACAAUUACAGAGGAUCCUGAUGAUGAAGAUGGUAUAAGCGACACAGACAUAAAUUACUCUAACAGCUUUGGUACUGUUGAACCUGUUCCUUCCCAUGGUGACAAGAUCACUGAAAUUCACACGAUGAAAGAGACCAUUGGUUCUACAGCAUCCUUUGAAGAUCCAGAUUCCCACUCUGUGAUUGAGAUCAGCACAAUCAGGCCUGAUGUACUUCUACCAGAUGUCUCUUUAAGUACAGCAGGCAGGUUUGCAGAGGGGAAGACAGAGAAAACUAUUGUGACUCAUAAAAUGAUCCCAGAUAUUUUCUCUGAAAUCACAGAUGCUCCUACAGAAUCUACUGAAAUGACCAGGAAAGGAGCAUUUAUUUCCUCUGAAUCAACAUCAUUCAUACCAUUCGAUUAUGAUGAUGGGAUUACAACUGAUCAUUUUCUCCAGGCUCCUCCACCAUUCCAGCCUUCACCACAAGUCAUAGAUAAAACUGCCGUGGAAACAUCAACCCCAACUCCAAGUGGCACUACCUCCGUUGUGCCAGAAGAUGAGAUAAGCACCACAGAAAUAACAGACAUCCCUGACACUGAAACGCAAAUAAUAACACAGAAAGCAGAUUCUCUUGCUACACCUGGUGCUCCAAAUGUAGCUUCCAGGUUCCUGGUUAAGAAUCAAGUGUUUACUGAAGAAGUGGCAUUGUCAACAACUGAACACACCCUCGGUGAGUCCAGCAGUCAGAGAACAGAACAUACUCCAGAAACUUUGGCAGAGAGAUUUACAUUCUCUUCUACGACACCGGCUGUAACCAGCACGCUCAAAGUCACACCUUCAGUGGUCACAGAGGCACACUUUCAGAAUAUUGCAGAAAAGACAGAAACUGCCCCAUCUGCAACUGUGACACGUGUAUUGAACAAUCCUAUCCCGUCCAUAGCAGAUGGUGAGCCGGUCAUUUUGACAGGAGAUCCGGACCAUUCUCAGGAACGAACUGUGUCCACAGCAGUCUCCGCUGUUAUUGAAUUAACUUCAUCUAAUAUGGUCAAUGAGACAACACAAUCUCCUGAAACUAUGACAACUCAAAUAAGCACAGAUCCUGAAACUUCUGGAGAAGGCUCUGAUGCUUUUCCUGUCAAGUCACUUGCGACCAUUGCAACUGCAUUCCCAACAUCUGCUGUCUCUGACCCAAACCCCAUGAGCCCAUCAACGCUUUCUCCGAUUACUCCAUCUAUCUCAUCAUCCAUAAGUACGUAUGAUCAGUAUGAAGAAAUGAAUACAAAGUUUUCAACAUUGGAGUCCCUUCCUGAAGUGAGUGGAUCAAGUAUUCAUCCGGACACAGCUUCGAAGCUCAUUGUCACAGAUACAGAACCUGCUGCACAAACACAUUCUAAUGUCACUGCUGAGUCAAUGACGACAACAGAAAAUUAUCCAACAAUUGGCACAAAGUCACCUUCAGUCUCAGAAACAUACACAUCUGAAACAAGUGAUGUGUCCAAAACUGCAGUUACGCCAGCCGUCUCACUCCUUAGCACAGCAAAACCAACAUUGGCGUCUCCUGAAACAGAACAAACUUUUACCACAUCCCAUUCUCAAACAAAACCUGCAACUACAUUUGAAAUGUCAAGUUCCGCCAUUACAGAUAGAGGGAGCACAAAUCCAUACUAG